AUGACUUCCAUUGAAAUUCAGCAGUAUUUAGAGGUUGAUGGCCUUCGUCAAUUGACGCGUCAACAACUUGGCAGCCUGGUCAACCCUCUUACGAGCGCCAGUGCCCGAAGGGGGCGCCCCAAUCGAUCCGACGGGCUUCUGAAGCUGUACGGUAUCACCAGAGCCGAUCUUGUGGCUGCGCAACGGCGGAGACAGCGAGGCAUCCAACCUCAUGACGGCAGGCGGAUUCUUCUGGCGCAUGAGCGUGUAGCUUUGACAAACUGGCUAGAGACCUGCAGUGAGAAGCGUGCGUGUAAGAGCCGUGGCAUGAUCGUGGAGGUUGUGUGCGAGCUUCUUGAGAUUCGUCGCAGUGCCCGAGAGGACGCACUCAAUACGAAUAGCGAAUUGCUUGAUCGGAUUCCCACACUCAGCUCUGCUGAGCUUGCUCUUCUUGCUCGUCAUCAAGAGGCCGAAAGCUCGGACAACCCCAUGAGCCAGGCGCGUUUGAGCAAUGACUGGUUUCGAGGAUUGGAGUCCGACUCGAACAUUUAUCUUACCACCGCGGUGACUCAGAAUCCAGCAAGAGUAACAGCCGCAACAGCUGAGGCUUGUACACGACAUUUUUCGAGUCUUGACGAGCUCUUGGCAGACCUUGACUUCGUUCAUCGCUCAGGGCGUCAUGCUGGCAUGAUCAAAACCAACUGCAUUACGCGCUUGGAGCGAGCUGUUAGACACAUGAAGAACCAACCCUCACACGUUGAACCUGAGGAUACAGCAGUGACGCCUCCGCAAAGCCCGGCAAGCGCGCCAUCUGGUUCAAGCACUCCGAGGUCAAACACAACGCCGCAGCCACUGGUAUGGGUUUGGGACGCCAAUUGGAGUCUUGAUGAAGGCCGGGCGCACUUCGAUCGUCUGGCUGCGAGUUUUUCGCGCCUUGAAGAGCGUCAUCAAGAUAUGAUUCGCUCAACGCCGCGUCAGCGCCGCCUACUCGAUCGCAUCACGCCUCAAGAGCGGUCACGACGGCGACGUGCCUCCAUUUUUGGGCCAAUGUCAUCGGGGCCAAGCGCCGCAGAUCUCGAAGGGCGUGAGCGGCGCCGUGUUCAUCUUCAUGCGUCGAGGGAACGACGAGCAACAAGAGUGGCAAAUGAAGCUGAUCUACGUGCUGCUUUAAACGUACAACGCAUCACGAUUGCCAACCUGAAAAGUUUCUGUCGAUCGCACUGCCUCGGCACGACUGGCAGCCGUGCCGAGCUUCGCACGCACAAGGACACAACUCGAUCUCCCACAGCCCCCAGCCACUCCCUCAUCGCCAGGCAGGCCAGUUGGGGAGGUAUUCGAGCCUUUGGCAACCUCUUUGGCGCAGAUUGA